UGUUGGCAGCACUGGUUGGAAUCAGAACAAAAACAAUCUCUGAAACUGGCGAAAAACUUUUCCGAAUUGGCAAAAAUAAGGCUUAAUCCAAACCAAAGUCGUUGCAAAUCGGGAAACGGUCUAAUACAGGACUAUAGCAGCUAUUGUUUCCGUCAAAGUGUCCGAAAGCAAAGAGAGGAAUAAUGGCAGACAGACUGACACAAUUGCAGGACACCGUCAAUCAACAAGCCGAGCAUUUUUGCAAUGCCAUAGGUGUCAUCCAACAAACCUCUUAUCCCAGCAAGUUUGCCAAUUUCGACAGGACCGGCUCUCAGACGCCGAAUCAAAACCAGCCACAAGAGGACUAUGCCCAACUGUUUGCACAGCUUAUCGCCCGUUGUGCCAAGGAUAUUGAUACAUUGAUUGAAUCGUUGCCAAACGAAGACAGUUCCAUUGAACUGCAAAACUCCAGCCUUAAGAGGCUGGAGGUUGAAAACCAGGAAACGGCAGAGGAACUAGAACAAGUGGUGCAAAAGGGCGAGCUACUCCUAGAGAAAAUUCAAUCCGCACUGGAGGACAUUGCCCAAGCCCAAUUGGACAUGCAAGUCACAGUUAAACCCAGUUAGCAAUCAAAGAAAAAAUAAACGAUUAAUGUAUAAUGUUAUUAUAAAUAAGUCAGGCUAAUUGUCUCAUAAUUUAUACACAAGUGAAUGUGAAUGUUGCUGCCCCUUUAACCUGCAACAAUAAUGGAUAAAUUGUGGAAAUAUACCUAAUAUAGUUUCUUAUUGGUCCCCCGUAAGACUUAUUGAUUAGCUUGCAAUUUCAAUAAAACUUUAGUUUAAAUUUGUAAA